GCAGUCGGGAGGAGGAGGAGGCGGCGAUGGAGGGCCUGGCCGGGUACGUGUACAAGGCGGCGAGCGAGGGGCGAGUGCUGACCCUGGCCGCGCUGCUCCUCAACCGCUCCGAGAGCGACAUCAAGUACCUGCUGGGGUACGUCAGCCAGCACGGCGGGCAGCGCUCCACGCCGCUCAUCAUCGCCGCCCGAAACGGCCACACCAAGGUGGUCCGCCUGCUCCUCGAGCACUACCGCGUGCAGACCCAGCAGACCGGCACGGUCCGCUUUGACGGCUUUGUCAUUGACGGAGCCACAGCUCUCUGGUGUGCUGCCGGAGCCGGCCACUUCGAAGUAGUCAAAUUGCUGGUGAGUCACGGCGCCAAUGUGAAUCACACUACAGUGACCAAUUCGACUCCCUUGAGGGCUGCGUGUUUCGACGGCAGGCUGGACAUUGUGAAAUACCUGGUAGAAAACAAUGCCAACAUCAGCAUUGCCAACAAAUACGACAACACUUGCCUUAUGAUUGCGGCUUACAAAGGCCACACGGACGUGGUGAGGUACCUCCUCGAGCAGCAUGCCGAUCCCAACGCCAAAGCCCACUGCGGUGCCACGGCGUUGCACUUCGCGGCCGAAGCCGGCCACUUGGAAAUCGUGAGGGAACUGGUCAAGUGGAAGGCGGCGAUGAUGGUGAACGGCCAUGGGAUGACUCCACUGAAAGUCGCUGCCGAGAGCUGCAAGGCCGAUGUUGUAGAGCUGCUGCUCGCUCACGCCGACUGUGACAGGAGAAGCCGGAUUGAAGCUCUGGAACUUCUGGGUGCCUCAUUUGCAAAUGACAGAGAAAACUAUGAUAUAAUAAAGACUUACCACUAUUUAUAUUUAGCCAUGCUGGAGAGGUACCGAGACAGCGAGAACAUAAUUGAAAAAGAAGUUCUUCCACAAAUCGAAGCUUAUGGAAACAGGACUGAAUGCAGGACUCCUCAGGAAUUAGAGUCUAUUAGGCAGGACAGAGAUGCCCUUCACAUGGAAGGCCUCAUUGUGCGAGAAAGAAUUCUGGGCUCGGACAAUAUCGAUGUUUCUCACCCCAUUAUUUACCGGGGGGCUGUGUAUGCAGAUAACAUGGAGUUUGAACAGUGUAUCAAGCUAUGGCUCCAUGCGUUGCAUCUCAGGCAAAAAGGCAACAGGAACACUCAUAAGGACCUCCUGAGGUUUGCUCAAGUCUUUUCUCAGAUGAUACACUUAAACGAGCCCGUUAAGGCCAAGGACAUCGAGAGCGUUCUGAGGUGCAGCGUCUUGGAAAUAGAACAAGGCAUGUCCCGGAUCAAAACCACCCAGGACUCUGAUGUCCACACAGCCAUGGACAACUACGAAUGCAACAUUUUUACCUUUCUCUACUUAGUCUGCAUCUCUACCAAAACUCAGUGCAGUGAGGAGGAUCAGUCACGAAUCAACAAACAGAUCUAUAACCUGAUUCACCUCGAUCCCAGAACUCGGGAUGGCUCCAGUUUGCUGCAUCACGCUGUCAAUUCCAGUACACCGGUUGACGACUUCCACACGAAUGAUGUCUGCAGCUUUCCUAACGCACUUGUCACAAAACUCUUGCUAGAUUGUGGUGCUGACGUGAACGCCGUGGACAACGAAGGAAACAGUCCGCUCCACAUCAUCGUCCAAUACCACAGGCCCAUCAGUGACUUCUUGACAUUGCAUUCCAUCAUCAUUAGCCUGGUGGAGGCUGGUGCUCAUACAGACAUGACGAAUAAGCAGAAGAAAACCCCUCUUGAUAAAAGUACAACAGGGGUGUCUGAAAUACUCCUUAAAACUCAAAUGAAGCUGAGUCUCAAGUGCCUGGCUGCCCGAGCAGUACGGAUCUAUAACAUCAGCUACCAAAACCAGAUCCCCAGAACUCUGGAAGAAUUUGUGAAGUUUCACUAG